AUGAGCAAAAGACGAAGUGUCCGCCGAGACGCGUACACCAACCGGCGCAACGAGCUUGUGGCCACCUACGCGCUGUUUAUCCCCAAGCUCCACGCCAUUGAGAUCGCCGACAACGACGACGGCCUCGUCAACGCCUACUCGUGGUUCGUCGUCUACGAGGGCAUGUACUACCGCUUCCUCGCCUUCGAGCUGUACCUCGAGAACAGCGAGACGGCGUUGACCAAACACGAGCAGGACGCCCUCCACGCGUUGAAGCGCCGCGUCCGCAACCUCGAGGUGAGGAUGCUGCCGGUGCUCGAACGACUAUGCACCGAGGUGCCGUCGUUGCUUAAGCUACGCCACGAGCUCAAAGAGAACGCGCGCGAGGGCGGCAAGAUCGCCGCCCACAAGCGGUUGAAGGAAUAG